AGCCCUAUUGCUAAUUCUAGUUGAGCAACACACUUCCUUCAAAAAGAUAAACUCUCUCUCCUCUCAUGAACUAAAGCUAAGCAUCAAAGAAGAAAAUGGAGAUAACAGAGACGUGGCUUCGGAAGCAUCGUCCGAUGUACCUGCGAGCAACUCAACAUCCUUUCAUCCUCUCAAUCCGCGACGCCUCCCUUCCUUUGUCUUCCUUCAAGCGUUGGCUGGGUCAGGAUUACAUAUUUGUGAGAGCAUUCGUCCCGUUUAUUGCUAGUUUAUUAGUGAAAGCUUGGAAAGAAGGUGAUGAUGAGGCAAAUGUAGACAUAAUCUUGAGUGGCAUAGCUACUUUGAAUGAUGAGGUUUCAUGGUUCAAAAGGGAAGCUUCAAAGUGGGGGGUUUCCCUCGACAGUAUCGUCCCUCAACAGGCUAACCUCGUCUACUGCAGUUUCCUGGAAAGCUUGAUGAGUGCACAGGUGGAUUAUACACAGGCCGUAACAGCAUUUUGGGCUAUUGAGGCUGUUUACCAAGAGAGCUUUGCACACUGCUUGGAAGAUGGGUGCAAAACUCGUGAUGAGCUCAAAGAGACCUGUGAGAGGUGGGGCAACGACGGCUUUGGUCAGUACUGCCGCGCCCUCCAAGGCAUAGCCAACCGUCAGCUGGAGAAGGCGUCUGACCAAGUAGUAGAGAAAGCUGAGGCUCUCUUCGUAAGGGUGCUAGAGCUUGAAGUUGAAUUCUGGAACAUGAGUGUUUUAGGAUCAUAAAAGGUGAAGCUUGUAUCUUAAUUUGCACAAAUAAAUGCUAAUUGUUUUGAGUUUACUAACAGUGUCCAUGAUAUAGCAACACUCUGGUGUUUGUGUUUUUCA